AUGGCAUCUUUUCACUUAUUCUCAGAGCUCCCAUUCGAACUACGCAUUCACAUAUGGCACCUUGCGAAAGAGCCGCGGACUUUGGUCGUCCGCACCUGUGAUGAACCCGCGAAAUAUCGCCGUCAACCGCUCGAGUCCACCUUGAUUUAUUGCCGUUCACCAAAUACUGUUCCCGCAAUUCUGCAGACUUGUCGAGAAGCGCGCAACAUCGGUCUGUAUGCCAAAGCAUUCUCUGGUGGUCUGAACCCGCGAUAUGUCUGGGCUGAUUUCGAUCUUGAUACGAUACAAGCCUCGUUUUGGGAUCUGAAACUGAUGGGAAGCGACAAGAGCCUGUUUCAGCACUUGGUUGUGGAAGUCAACGAUUUAGAGUCCUUUAGGCGUCACUACAGCGAUGCCCUUGCUGGCCUCGCAGAUCUCGACACAUUCCGAAUACUUUCGAAAAGGGGACUAGAAGACUGGAGUAUUGCGAUGGAUGAGGUUCCGGGAGCAGACACAACCUCGUCUAUACAACGGGCAUUGACAAUUCCUUCAACUGUGCUACAAGGCUACCUUUAG